AUGACUUUUCUACGACCUAGAGCAUUAUUGUUCUUACUUGUUAUUAGUAUAUGUUUUUUCUUAUUUUGGCCUAAAACUUUUCAACCAAGAAAAUUUUAUUGUCCAUCAGACGGCACAAUACCCAAAAAUUCAAAUGGUCCCGGGCCUCUACUCGAUGCGACAAGAUCCUCUAUAAUAAUUGACAACGAUGGAAAUCCAAGAGAGUAUCUUAAUGCGAAGGGUUACGUCACUUUUCUUGAUUUGUUAACUAAACAACAUCAAGCUGUUAUAGACCAAUUGAUAAAAAAUGCCAAUAUUGCAGUGGCAAAUAAUAGUGUUUAUUCGGUAACUUUAAAGGCUCAAUUACCACCUUCAGGAGAUAUUCAUGAUUAUAUGUCAUUGGCUAGGUAUUUUUGGCCGGAUCCAACAAAAUCUGAUGGACUACCAUAUAUUCGUAAAGAUGGCUACUCAAAUCCUGAAUUUUUCACUGUGGAAGAUUAUACUUACUUGAGAAAAAUGUUUAGAGAAGUUCAAGAUUUGGGAUUUGCUUAUCAUUUUACCAGAAAUGAAUCAUAUGUUGAAAAAGCUAUAUUCCGUAUAAAAGAAUGGUUUUUAAAUGAGGAAACAAAAAUGAAUCCAAAUCUUAAUUUUGCAGGUUUCAGGAAAGGUCAAGCUACAGGUUGGAAGACUGGAGUUUUAGAUUUUCAUCAAGUAUUCAGGAUGUUACAAGGAAUGAGACCUUUGAGAAAUUCACAUCUUUGGGAUAAAAAUGUUGAUAAAGGAUUACAUAUUUGGCUUUCAGAAUAUUAUACAUGGCUUAUAACAUCAAGAUUGGGAAGACAAGAAUCGAAAGCUAAAAACAAUCAUGGAACAUUUUAUGAUGUCCAAGCAUUGUUUUUAUUAGAUCAUCUUGGUAAAUAUGAUGAAGCUAAAGAGUUUGUUCUAAGAGCUUUGAUAAGUCGUAUAGAAAAUGGAAUUCUUCCAACUGGAGUACAACCUUUCGAAACUGAAAGACCUACAAGUUGGUUUUAUUCAAUUUUUAAUUUACAAGGUUUAUUCAUGCUUGCAGAAAGAGCCGACCAUUAUGGAGUAGAUGCGUGGAAUUAUGUUGGAUCUAGGGGUCAGAGUAUACAAAGAGCAGUAGACUAUCUAUUACCUUUUGCUUUGAAAGAUGGAGAAGGUUGGCCAUUCCCUAAUAUUAAAGGAUUUGAAAUGAACGAAUAUGUUAAAAUAUUAGAGUUAUCAUACAUAAUUUAUAAAGAUAAGAAAUACCUUGAAGCAAUAGAAGUCCUGAGACCAAAGGCUAAAGCUGAACAAGCAGCUGGUUUAAAACUUGCAAAAUGGGAAGAUAAUUAUUUAUGUGAUUUAGCAUUAUUAACAAAUAGAGAUCUUUGGACUUACACGAUACAUAUUCAACCAUAUAAUUUUCAUAGACCUAAAUUUGAUGCAUUAGGCGAUGAAAUUAAUAGAAUUUAUGCAAACAAGGUUGUUCAAGGAGUUGGAUUAUGUAUUUGUUUAUUUGAUAUAUUAAAUGCAAGUGAAGAGAUUGUUCAUUAUGGUGAUGGAGCAAGUUACGCUAGAGUGGUAUUUAGAUUAGUUGUAUUUCGUCCAUUUAUUGGUGAAAUAAUUGAAGGAAAAGUUUCAAGUAAUACAUCGGAAGGUGUAAAAGUGAGCUUAGGAUAUUUUGAUGAUAUAUUAAUUCCGACAAAUCUAGAUGAUUUUUGGAGAUUUGAUUAUAAUUUUCAAGUCUGGGUGAGACUAUGGGAUAGUCAUAUACCAGAUAAUAUGUGGAAGACACCAGAAGAUAAAUAUUUAUACAUGUACAUGGAUAAAGAUCAACCAAUAAAAUUUCGUGUUAUUGAAGAAAAAUUCACUGAUACUGGAUCAAAAGGUCCACCGCCCAAAAGAACAGGAUCUAUAGCCGGACAACCGGUCCCAACACCAGCUCCUUCAUCAUUACCAUCAGAUGUUAUGAUAGUAGGUAAUCGUAAUAAUAGUGUUACUAAUAGUGUUGUUGGUGCUAAUAAUAACAGCCGUAAUAGCAAUGUUAAUUUUAGUGGUGGUGGUAGUGCUGUCGUUGGCAAUAAUAAUAUUGGAGUAAAUAUUGGCAAACAAGCACCUUAUGAAUUGAUUGGAUCAAUUGCAGAAGUUGGACUUGGUCUUACUUCUUGGAGUUGGGGUUGA